CAGCUGAUUUACGAUAAUAGGACGCAAGAGAGAGUGAUUUUUUGAUUUUUCUAUAAGAUCGUAAAGAACGCAAGAAUUGUCCGGAUCCAGGAGGUUAAAUAUUUUACAUUACGUCAUUUUCAGUCAUCAACAAGAAUUUUUCGUUCUCUCUAGAGUCUGGACUGUUUUUCUCGGUGUUCGUACACGUGUACGGCUAUUUAAGAGGAAUGAAUAACAAAUGAAUUAUUUCGGAUUCACGACAUAUAGAUACGAAGAUAAACUAAACUAUUUAUUGUACACUUUCGAAUAAGUUUUAUUGCGUCAUUUUUACAAAUCAGAAUAAUAUUUUCCUUAAUUAAGUAAUCGCAUGUUCGAUAGAAUAUUCAAAUUUGUUAAUUUAAAUAUAACUCUAUCAACAAAUGUUUUCUUUUAUCCAAUAAAACUAGACGGUGUUGUUUAUUUUGAGUUUAAUAAAAUAUAGAUCAUUUAACUAGCGAUUAGAAAUACAAUUCAUUACCAAUGAAUUUUCAACAGUAGCAAAAGGUCGUCAAACACUUGAUCGUGAUAUAUCAGGUACAUAUUGUUCUAAUCAUAACAAUUAAACAAUUAUUUUUCUUCUAGCAUUUCUAUUAGGAUAACUUGGAUUUGAUCAAAAUGAUACUCAAGUAUCUGAUUUAUUGGACGACGCUAAUAUUAUGUGCAAAUAGUUCAUUUCUUCUUCCGCAAACCAAUUAAACCAUUCAUAUCAUUUUAGUGUAUGGUCAUGUCGAUCUGCAUAGUAUUUUAUCUAUCGUUGAUGAAUUAUCGAACAAAAGAAAUGAACCUAUUUCAGUUGUCGAUGAUGAACCAAUAAAUAUCAAUAAAUGUUUUUUGUUUUUUUUUCUCCUUAAUCUGACUGAUUCGAAUCAAUUUGAGACCUGUAGAUGACAUCAUAGAUAUAUCAUUCUUGACUAUGUUCAUUUUCGUCUGUUUUUCUUUUUCUUUUGAGAUAACCUUUAUUAUAUCGAAAAAACAGGCAUAAAAUGAAUAAUUCAUUUUCAUACCUAUAUAUACAUAUAUAAAACACAUAAAUUUUGUUCGUGUCUAUUUUUGAUAAAAAAGAUAGUGAGAAAAAUGGCAGAAAAAGUAAGACCAAAUUAGAUGUGAAUAUAGAUCUUAUUCCAUAUCUAAUAUAUGUUUUAUCGAUUUUAGAAUGAAGUUCAACUGCUCAAGAAUCUCAAAAAGCUUUUAAAACGGGUCAGACAAUUAAAUGCUGAAAAGAUUAUUGUUACUGAAGAGAUGUUCAAGCAACUUCAACAAGAAUAUAAUGUACCCGAUCAUCUAUUGAAAAAAAACAUUUGAUGUUUUUUUUAUAUUUUUCAAAAAAAAUCCGAUAAAAAUGAGAAACAAGAAACAUGUGUAAAAAUAAAAUGAAACAAUAAAAGAUCUUUGGACAUGAACAAUUUCAAUUAUUUCGAAUGUUGUUUGAUUCAUUUUUCGAAAAUAUUUCAUUUACAAAUCAUUGAACCAGAAAAAGUUUUUAUGUUAAAUGAAUUUAUGUUGGAACAAAACUAAAGGGGCAUGAAUAUUUUUGAUCAUCAAAAAAAGUUGAAAUUGAUCACCAUUUUUUUUUGUUGCGAAAUGAUCACCAAAAUAAGAAACAUUUGAUCACCGAGUUUAUUAUGAAGAAGUAAAUAGAAGAGGAAUUACAAUUAUAUAUUAUAAUGAACAUAUUUAAGACAACUUUAAUACAAAAAAUGUUUAUUCAGUUAAUUAUGGUAAUAUGCCGUACGAAUUUUUUUGGACGACCUGGUGUUUUUCGUUUUCCUAGUGGAAUAAUACGAGAUUCGUCUUUAAUUUUGUAAAUAUUGAACAUAAUAGCCAAUCCAAUUGAAUGUUUACACCGAUAUUGUUUAAGUCCACCUGGACAUGUACAAGAACCAAGUGGUGAUAUCAUCCAGCACGAUGAUUUCCAUGCAGCAUAA